AAACAGACUGCGUGACGCCGAACAUACUCGCUGGUUUCUCAUUAGUCUCUGAUCUUUAUUUCAGGAGUCGUGUAUCGUAGUCUAGCUAAAAAUUUACAGUCUAAUUCACCAAUUUUUGCUACCAAACCUAACACAAAUCGACCAAAUAUUUAUUUGAAUAAAAAAAGAGGCGGAUAAUCGGGGGAAAUUCAGGCGUAAAUUGAAGGUGGAAGAUGCGCCGAAAAUGUUGUGGAAAGAUAUUACGAGCAGAGAAGAGGGUAAAUUACGCCCUAAUUCUUUCUCCCGUCGCCUUCGAUCUCGUCGCAUUUCUUCUCUCCAUCUUUCUAACUUCAAAGAAUUCGUUUCUCCUCAUCGCGGCGCCAUUAACUCUCUCCAGGUUGAUUUAACAGAGGGGCGAUAUUUGCUUUCCGCUGCUUCAGAUGCAUCUGCUGCUGUUUUUGAUGUUCAAGUUGCAUCAGAAUAUGAAGUUGGAGGCUCCGUUGCAAAGCACAAGAGCCUGCUUGUUAUCGAUAAACAGCACCAACAAGGACACAAGUACGCAGUAUCCUCAGCCACAUGGUAUCCAAUUGAUACUGGGCUGUUCAUCACUGGUUCCUUUGAUCAUCACAUUAAUGUUUGGGAUACAAACACAACACAGGUGGUUAUGAAUUUUAAGAUGCCUGGAAAAGUUUACAAGACGGCCAUGAGUCCUAUUGCAACAUCCCAUAUGCUAAUAGCGUCUGGAACUGAAGAUGUUCAAGUUCGUCUUUGUGAUAUUGCUUCAGGAGCAUUUGCUCAUACAUUAUCUGGCCAUCGUGAUGGUGUGAUGGCAUGUGAAUGGUCUACAUCAAGUGAGUGGGUUUUAAUGACGGGAGGCUGUGAUGGUGCCAUACGAUAUUGGGAUAUCAGACGUGCUGGGUGUUUUCGGGUUUUGGAUCAGGCCAAAUCUCAACUUGGCAGACGACAACCAUUGUUAGAACGUUCAGUUGCUGAAAAGGCAGCAACAUCUAAGCCAACGGGGCCGAGUUCAUCAGCAAAAAAUAGAGCGGAGCUGAAGAAACUUUCUUCUGGUAAUGGCACAAAGCUUUCUAGUAUGUCUAGAAUGUCCUCUCAACUUAAGGGAGGACUUGCAAAGCAAAGGCGGCAUCCUGGAAUGAUGUCAAGUCAAGAUCAUGCAACUGCUCACUAUGGUGCUGUCACUAGUUUAAAAACGACUGAAGAUGGGAUGUACCUUCUUAGUGCAGGUUCUGAUUCAAGAUUAAGAUUGUGGGAUAUUGAUUCUGGCUGCAACACCCUAGUGAAUUUUGAAACUGUCCGCUUGCAAAACAGUAAAGGGAUACAAUUGGCUGUGGCUCAGGAUUCUUCUCUUGUGUUUGUUCCAUGCAUGACAUCUGUGAAAGCAUUCGAUCUUUGGUCAGGCAAUACGUCUCUUACUUUUCGUGCACACUAUGAUAGUGUAAAUUGUUGCUGGUUUAGUGCACAAGAUCAGGAGUUGUACACAGGUGGAAAUGAUAGGCAGAUUCUUGUUUGGUCUUCAUCUGAAUUAUGUCCUGAUGAUUUGGAUAACAGGAGCGAGAAAGGAAAAAUUCCAACAGCAGAUGAGGAUAAUUGGAGUGAUUAGAAAAAGCCAUUCAACUGUGUUAGUAUAUGUUCCUUUUGCCUACGGAUGGAUGCGGCUUACUCUGAAUUAGUCAUUAUUUGAGUUUGAUAUUUGUUAUUUGGUGAUCGUCCAUAAUGUUUGAUGCAACUACCCUUGGAAGUGUAAAUUAUAGAUAGAUCUCACAUUUGACAUUUCGUAUAUGUAUCAUAUUUUGAUAAAUAAACUAGUGUGUGGCUUGGGUGAUUCCCCGGUUGCUACAAUUGAAUAGUUAAAAUUUUAGAUUUUUCUUGAGCUCAA